CUACGUUCGCAGACCUUCAGAUUAGGCAGAACAGUGUACGUUUAGACAGACGAGCGCGUUUCUCACACGUGGUCUUGAGCUACUUCUAAAGCACUAAACACCAUCAGCCGUAGUUCAACAUAAAAUGAGUCAAGACAUGUUUGGUUCACGUGGAAGAGGCCGAGGUGGCGGUGGACGUGGCCGUGGUGGCGGUGGCCGGGGUGGCGGUGGCCGCGGCCGAGGUGGUGGAGAUCGUGGGGGAUCUCGAGGUUUUCGAGGCGGAGGCAGAGGUUUCCGAGGCGGCUCGAGAGGAAACUUCAGUGGUGGUGACCGUGGCAAUGACAGCUGGGGUGGCUCAGGCAAUUCUUCCCGUGGAGGACCAUUCAGAGGUGGUCGGGGAAGUGGUGGAGAUAGAGGCAGAGGAGCUUUUGCGAAUCGUGGCAGAGGAGCACCUUCUGGUGGUGCUCGUGGAAGAGGUGGUGGAGCUCUUCCUAGUCGUGGGGAGUAUCUGCGUUUUGAAAUUAAAGCUGGCCUACAACUGUAUGUCACUUUCAAUGAAACCCCAGUGGUUGAGGAACUUGAAAAACUGCCUGGAUUUCACUCAUUGAGCACACCGUACAAUGAAAAGGAAAUUAUAAGAAUAAUCUUGUUUAGAGAUUUAGAGUCAUUAGAAGCUGCUCGAAAAAUACUAGAUGCCCAAGAAAAUGUGAAAUCCACAGACCAUAUGGGGAUGAAAUCAGCAAAAAAACAGAGCGACUCCCUAGAAAGCCGUCAAAUUUACCUAAGGUUCGCCAAACCUUACGUAGAAGAUGAUGUAAAAAAGCUUGACACAAAAAUCGAGGAAAUUCUGCCUUUGAAGGAAAACAGCUGUAAAGUACAAUUUGUGUCGGCUGAAGAAGCGGAAUUGGCGGUUGAAAGAUUAAAGGGCAAAAUUGGCCAGAGCUUCUUAAAACAAGUGGAUAUUCCAUAUGUUGUACAGAGUGCCAAGUUAGCAGUUGCUAGCAUUCAACAAGACCAGGUUGUGUUCAGGGAUGUUCCAAAAAAUGUGACCAUCAAAGAUAUUGCAGAUCAAUUCCCCGACGCAGUCUCUUUUAUGCUGUACAACAAGACCUUCCCAGCUUCCAAUUACUGCCAUGCUGCGCUCCGCUUCAAGAAUCCUGAGCGAGUUGCCGAAAUCUUGAAGUCAAAAAAUCUGAAAAUUGCAGGAAAGAAAAUCUACGUCUUCCCCGCCUGCAUGGAAUUCUUACAUGAAUAUCCGAAGUUGGGUGAACCAGAGCCAGUUGUUGAACAGUCAGGAAAUGGCACUGAAGUCAAAGAUGAACCCCCAAGCAAAAAAAGGAAAGUAGGACAAGAAGAAGAAUCCAUGGAACAGGAUGAAGAGGAAAGUGACGAAGAGGAAGACGAGGAAGACGAAGAAGAGGAAGAAGAAGACGAAGACGAAAAUGACGAAGCUGCCGAUGAAGAUGAUUCUGACGAAAGCGACUAGACUUGACAAAUCGGACACAUUGCUGGAGUUUUUAAAUCUUUAGUAACAAAGCGUUUAGCCGUCUUUUUUUUUUUCGAUUGACAAUGUUUGUUGUUAUCUACGUUUUGCCUGAUUUGGAGAUAUACCGCACCCAUACAUCGGAUAAAGUGAUGUAUGCGAUGAUCGAA